AUGUGGAGCAUCCUCGUAGCGAUGGCGGUGGUGGCCGCGGUGACGGAGCCAGGGAAACGCUGUCCUGGGUCACCCAACCAAUGCAGCUUGCACGGCAGCUGCAUGAUCAACCGCCAUGGCGAGUACAUCUGCAACUGCCAGUGGGGCUACACCGGUUUUGAUUGCGCGCAGAAGAUGUGCCCGCACGGGUUUGACCCCGUCACGAGCGACGCUCUCCAGGAGAAGAAGCUCCGGGUGUCCAUCCUGCAUCUCCCUCCAUCUUCCUCGAUAUUAGUUCAAUUCCACGGCCACGUGGUGGAAUUGGACGCCGCGGCCGGCGGCGCCACGCACCUCACCGCUGACGUGUGCGCGCAAGUCUUUCGUCGCUUCCGCAACCUCGGGGAUCUUUCGUGCGCUUCGACGGCCGUGUCCGCCGAUGCUUCAUCGUCGUCCCUUCCUGUAGCCGAAUUCGACCUCACGUUGCAUUCAUUCCCCGUCUACCCCGUCAUGAACAACCUCUUCCACCACGCCGGCAACCCAUCAGCCAGCGACUUUUCAUGCGAUCCGCCCUCUGCCUGCCGCUUCACGAGCUUGACCGAUGCGAAUAUCAAGGCGUACCUUCCAUGCUCCAACCAUGGGCUGUGCAAUGCCGUGUCGGGGUUAUGUGCAUGUGAACCUGGUUAUCAUGGCGUACACUGUGGCUCCAACGUCGACGCUGGCAACAUGCUCGAAGGGGCAGCAUUGGGCCCGUUUUUCUCUGGGCAUGUGCUCCAUUUAUCAGCUGAUCGAGCGCCAUCCCCUUCGUUUGAUAUCAUUCACGCUGAAGUCCAGGGAAUUCCUAUGCUUACUGUGAAUGGACUUGGGCAGGCGGCGCUGCAUGGCGCCGAUGCUUCUUGGGCCGUUCCAUCUGUAUUAGCCUCUCAUGUUCAUGUCAGUGGAGGCGGCGUUCAAGUGACCCAGGCCAACGUCAACCUGGUCGAGUCUAGGUUAAUAUUGAGUCACUCAAGUCACCCGGGUCACUCGACACAUCCCCCUCCUCCCCUGCUCCAUAUCAACGUCGGGUCCACAUCGGCCAGUGACUUGAUUCGAAUGUGUGUGGCCAAUGCAACGGUGUUUCAAGUGACCGGCGACGGCCAUACAAAUAUCAAGAAUGACCUGAAUGUCGGUCGUGACGUGGCAGUUGGACACCGCUUGGAGGUGGCUCACUCGAGUCACUUGAACGGCCCCGUGACCAUCCAAGGCAAUGUAUUGCAUGCCAACCACACGACGCUGGCGGGGGGGGUAACAGUGCGGGGCACCACAGCCAUCCAUUCUGAAGACCUUGGAUCUGUGACAGUGGGCAAGUUGACUUCUUUGGUCGCGCUCUCUGUCACAGACGCCGCCUCGGCCUGCUUGACCUGUCGACAUGCAGAGAAUCAUACGCCACUGUUUGACGUGGCAGCGUCAGGAGCGACGACGAUCCACGACGGAGGUUUACAUAUUAAAAAAGGCGGCCUUCAGAUUCAAGCUGGAGGACAAACGAUCGAAUCUGGGGGUCUCACCAUCCAAUCAGGAGGGCUGCAUGUCCAAGGAGGUGCGGUGACCAUCCACGACACAUUGUCACUCCGUCAGGGCUUGGCCGUUGUGUCCACUGAUGCGUUGCGUUCUCCAUUGCGGGGCCAGGCGACACAUCCCCAUUUCGCAGGCGCGGUGCUGGCCCUGGAUGCAGCGACGCCUGACGCCACCCAGACCAUCGCCGUGGACGGAGCAGAGUACGGGCAGCUCCUAAUUAUCCAAACAAGCGACCCCGACGGCCUUGAAAGCCUCCAAAUUCCUCCGUUUUCGUCAGCUUUAUUCGUGUUUGAUGGCCAAAAGUGGCAGACACUCACAGCCACUGAAUUUGACACCACUCGCCUCACCAACGUCAAACAACUCACCGCCGCGGCCAACCUCAACCUUGGCGCGUUUCAGCUCACAGCGCACUCGCUGCAGGUCGGGGGCCAGCCAGCCAAUCGCGUGGCGUUAUAUGGCAAGGGAGGGGUGCUGACGUCGGAUGAAUCGCUCGGUUUCGACCCGCUCACGUCCACACUGCAAGUGCACCAGCUGCAGGUGGACCAGGUCGUUGGCAAGAUUGAUAUGACCAACAGCGAACUGCGUGGCGUGGAUAUCAUUGGCGGGUACAUCCGGGGCAUCAACAUGAGUGCCAUGGUGAUGGAAGUGACUGGGGAAAUGUAUGUCGAGUCCAAUGCAUAUGUGGGCGGGAGUCUCUCCGUGGACGGCCACGUCAUGGGCUCAGGAUCGUACGUUGAUUCGUCCGACGGUCGCUUCAAAAUCAACAUAUCCACACUUUUCAACGCUCUCGACACUGUCCUACAGCUCCGUGGGGUCACGUACACGUAUAAUCGCAGUGGAUUCCCAGAUAAACAUUUUUCAAGUGGCGAAGAAGUGGGAUUUAUUGCUCAGGAAAUGGAGCUGGUGCUGCCGCAGGUGGUCACGACAGAUCAAAAUGGCUAUAAAUACGUGGCCUACUCUCGUGUUGUACCCGUGCUCGUCGAAGCGGUGAAAACACAAGCGACGCAAGUGGACGCGUUGGCUUCGCAAGUCGCCAAGCUACAAGCCCAAGUCGACCGCCUCGACGCCGCCCUUUUGUCCUUGAAAGCAACAACUUAAUAC